AGGGACGCAACUCCAAAUUUACUAUUUAUCAUCGUAUGAUCGCAUGAUCGCAGUUCCAGAAACAUUUUUUCUCAGGAUGCAGAACUUAUAAACUAGGUCAUUUAGUGUAUUGCAAUCCACACAAUUAACAUAUUAUUUAAACGCGUGUAUAGUGUCAGAAUGAGUUUUCUUCUUGCGUGUGUGGCGGGAGUUGUAAUUUACGGAACAAUUCGUCUGCUUCAUUUGGCCAGUUCGUCAUCUGCACCAGAACUGAAAUACAAAGAUGGCUCGUUUUUUGCCAGCCAAAUUCUUAAAAUGUGUUCUAUACUCUCAAAACCUUAUAUACCUACAAAAGUUUGGGGGAAAAGUGGACAUUUGCAAACAAUUGUGUAUGGGAAAUUAGGUAGAAUUAAAUCUCCAUUUCCAAAGGGGAAGCGACAUUUUAUCAAACUGGAAGAUGGAGCUACGUUGACAUAUGAUGUAUUUGAACCUAUAUCCCCUCAUCUUAGAGGAGAUUAUACUAUAGUGAUCAGCCCAGGUAUAGCUAACAGUAGUGAGACGGCCUAUAUCUGUACAUUUGUACAUUAUGCUCAAGACAAUGGUUACAGAGUAGUGGUACAGAACCAUCUAGGAGCAGUUCUCAGUAUAGAACUAACAUCAUCUAGAAUGUUCACCUACGGGCAUACAGAUGAGUUAAAGAUUAUCGUUGAAGACAUAGAGAAACUCUAUCCUGAUAGUCAGUUCCUAGCUGUGGGGUUCAGUAUGGGGGGUAAUAUAGUCACUAAAUAUCUAGGAGAGGAUAACGGUCACCAACAUAAGUUUAUAUGUGGGAUGUCAAUAUGUCAGGGAUAUGAUAUUCAAAAGGCCUUUCCAUUGCUGUUAGAAUGGAGUCAUCUGAGGAGAAUGUAUGUGUAUUUUAUGACAUCGUAUCAGAAGUUUUUACUGCGCCACCAUUACCACACGGUACUGUCUGAGGAUGUCAAAAGUAAACACAAGCUUGAAGAAGACAAGAUAUUUGCUUCCACAUCUUUGGCAGAAUUAGAUCAGUCUUAUACUAUAAAACGUUGGGGAUACAAGAGUUUAGACGAGUAUUAUGAAGCCUGUAGUAGCUGUAAUUAUAUUAACAAUAUUACAAUACCAAUGUUUUUGUUGAAUGCUAGAGAUGACCCGUUGGUACCUCAACCGUUACUGAAGUGUGCCACACAAUAUGCAGAGUCUCAUGAAAAUUGUAUACUGAUGAUAACUAAGCAUGGUGGCCAUCUUGGAUUUUUUGAAGGAGGAUAUAUCACCCCUGACACAAUAACCUGGUUAGACAGAGCAAUCAUUGAGUUUGCCAAUGCAGCAGUUACCAUUACUCAAGCCAAGAAAAAUUUGAUGAAUGGAGUUCAAAUUUCAUAACAGCAACACAUGUAGUAAACAUGGAAAACUUACAAUUGGAAACUAAAAUUUAAUCUAUAUUAUUGUCCCAUAUUAUUACAAUUCUUAACUAAAAUUUAAUCUAUAUUAUUGUCCCAUAUUAUUACAAUUCUUAACUAAAAUUUAAUCUAUAUUAUUGUCCCAUAUUAUUACAAUUCUUAACUAAAAUUUAAUCUAUAUUAUUGUCCCAUAUUAUUACAAUUCUUAACUAAAAUUUAAUCUAUAUUAUUGUCCCAUAUUAUUACAAUUCUUCACUAAAAUUUAAUCUAUAUUAUUGUCCCAUAUUAUUACAAUUCUUAACUAAUAAAAUUUAAUCUAUAUUAUUGUCCCAUAUUAUUACAAUUCCCAUAUUAUUUGAGUUCUUAACUAAAUUUUUACUAUAUUGUUGUCCCAUAAUCUGUACAUUUCUAAACCCUCAAUCAGAACAAUUGUAACUGAAAUGUAAUCCAUAUUAUUGUCCCAGAAUCUUAACAAAUCGUUUAAUCCAUAUUUUUGUCCCAUAAUAUGUGCAAUAUAAUCUAAAAUUUAAUCUACAUUGUUGUCCUCUAAUCUUCACCCAAAAUAUGUGCAAUUCUUAACUAAAAUUGAAAUCAAAAGUUAGAUUACUCAUAUGAACUGUCUGAAAAAUUGUAAGGUGUGUAUAAGUAAAUAUACAAUUAUUAUAUAAUAAGAAUGUUGAUAUGUAAUAGAUAGGUUUUAAUUGACACAAAUUGAGCAUAAAUUACUUCCCUUUGUUAGAUGUCUAAGUGUGUGAAGUCUUUAUAAAUCGGUAAUAUUCAAAUACUAGACUUAAGAAAAAGGUCUUUUCUGAACAUUUUUUUCUUCAAGCUUCACUUUAUUCAUCACUAGAACCUAGAAAGAAUCACUAGUCAGACAUUUUUCAGAAUCUAAAGGAUUUUGGGUAAUCUCAUUUUUCAUCACACUAAAAUAAAAGUAAUGUUACAUCAUUGGUUGAAUUUCCAUUAUUUAGAACGUUUUAAACCAAUCACGAUGUUAUGGUGUAAGCUUUUGAAAAUAUUACCCAGAAUGCAUUAAAUUCUUGGUUAGAAAAUAAGAAUAUCAACCAUUUAAAAAUGGCAGCCAAGGGAAGUAACUCAACUCAAACAUCGGAAACCUAUGUAUAAUGAUGUGCAAUUUUCAAUUGCUUUUCUUGCCAUAUUAUUUAUUUAUCUGUAGGUUGUAUGUACAUUUAAUGUGAUCCCCCUAAUAAGCUCACUUGACUGAUCAUGAUAAAAAAAUUAUACCGUGAUCUUCUAUCCUUUAAGGUUUCAUUUACAAACAUCACACAUGUAUCUUCAUAUCUAUUUUUCAUGGUUUAAAUACAAUUUCUGUGAAGUCUGUGAAGCUGUAUUGUCACCCCCACUUACAAAAAAUAAAUGAUUUAAAUGAUUUUUAGGCUGGCAAGAAAUGAGCUUAAGUCUGUCAAACUACAGAAUAGUUGCAAACUCCUGUGUCUGCUUACAACGCAAUUUCUUCAAAUGAAUGUGAUAACAAAUCUUCAGCAUGAACUCAGAACUUUAAAUGGCAGAAUAAAUUUGGCUGCAUAUUAUCAGCAAUUUGUCUAUACAAUAUGAAUUUAUUUUUUGUUAUUUUACAAAUCAAGAACUUUAAGGCCAACAAGUGGCUUCACUUUUACUUUUCUCAAACUAUGGCUCCUUUAUGUUUUGAAACUUGUGAACAAUGCUUAUUACCAUAAAAGAAAGAUAAAGUUUAAAUUUCAGUGGCGUCACUGUAACAGUUCUCUCAGUAAUGUUCCUUUCACAGUUUUCUAAGUUAUUUCCCUUUCACAGUUUUCUAAGUUAUGUCCCUUUUACAGUUUUCUAAGUUAUGUCCCUUUCACAGUUUUCUAAGUUAUGUCCCUUUUACAGUUUUCUAAGUUAUGUCCCUUUCACAGUUUUCUAAGUUAUGUCCCUUUUACAGUUUUCUAAGUUAUGUCCCUUUCACAGUUUUCUAAGUUAUUUCCCUUUUACAGUUUUCUAAGUUAUGUCCCUUUUACAGUUUUCUAAGUUAUGUCCCUUUCACAGUUUUCUAAGUUAUUUCCCUUUUACAGUUUUCUAAGUUAUGUCCCUUUCACAGUUUUCUAAGUUAUUUCCCUUUUACAAUUUUAUCAGUUAUGUCCCUUUAUAACAUUUUAUACCAGUGUUUGUUUCAUCUGUGUACCAUGGACAUGUUCUCCAUUUAUUGUGUAUACCAUUACCAUCCUCAUGCUUUUACAUUGCUAGUACCUAUGGAAGUUGAUGAAAUGCUUACACUCAGUGACUGAAUAAUUUUGCAAUCCUUAUGGUGCUUAUUACUAGUCAUUAAUUUAAAAUAGUAACUGAUCCUUACGCAAUACUGUCCAAUCUUUGAAUUAGUCCCAAUACUUUGCUCAAAGUAAAAAAUAGUCUUAUGUUCAAAGUAUAACUCUAUGACUCACCAACAAAACAAUAACACAUCUGCUAAUUAUUAUUUGCCACACUUGUCCAUAAUUGGGCUUGUUUGGAACCCGGCAGGGGACCAGAGGACCCCAGACACCUUACCUAUUUAUCAUAAAUAUGCCUUAAUAUUUUCUAUUAGUUUUACUCUAAUACUUACCAACACGAAAGACAAGUUCUGCAUAACAUAUAACUUUUGCUGAUAUAUGCACACAGCUUUGGUGCUAUAAGGAUAAACCUGUUCUUUAGUUGUAUUUUUUCCAUUACCAUCAUCAUGCAUUUACAUUGGUUGUACCUAUGACAAUCCAAUUGAUGAACUUCUUACAUGGGGGAAUCUUUACGAUUCUAAUGGCUAGUCAUUAAAAUAGUAUCAAAGGUUCUUACGCAAUAUUGUCCAAUCUUUACGGUGCUGAUGACUUUCUACAAAGUUGUACUGCUGACUCUACAUGGGUGUUGUUUCGUGAUUAAUUAUACUACUGACUCAAUAGUUAAUGAAUCAAUUAUAAUUUGUCUAUUAACAGUAAUCGACAUGAUUAAUUGACCUUUUAAGGGUUUAUUGAUUUAAAAUUGUAAGGAUUGGGGCAGGGGCAGAUCCAGGAAUUUAGGUUAGGGGGAUGCAAACUUAAAUUGUUGCUGAGCGUAGUGAGGUGACAAAAAUUUUGUGGCAGAAUAGUGAAAUAUUUUUUAUUAUGCUGAGGACAAUCUAUGCUUUGCAAAUUUUAGGGGGGUGCAUGGCCGUCACUUCCCCGCUGAAUCUGCCCCUCUGGGAGAUCAGAUAACUACUGCAUAUAUCUAUCAUUAGUCUUUUAUGCUACAGUACUGCAAUUUCACCCUUUGAUAAUGUAAGUUUAACUGACCUCACAAACUUUUAAAGAGUUACUUAUUUGUUCUUAUAGUGUAUGUUUAGCCCUCUCUUAAUAUAUUGAUU